ACCUCCCUUUAAAAUGGCAGUUGUUGUGUUUGAAAGGGAACCUUUAAAUAAAGAGCAACUCUCUUCCCUGAGAUCAUACAUCCUUACUAAAAGAAAAAGAGAAAGUGAAAGAUCAACCAUUGAAUCUAAGAAGACAAAAACAUCAAGACACAGCAAGCUGGCCCCACACCAAGAGGAAACUAGUAGUACUAGACCAGCCAGCGGACUACAAGAAGGAACCGUCAAGGAUAAUAAGGAACAGUUGUCAACUCUAAAAGAAAAGCUUGAACUACUUAAGAAAGAAAAACACAAUUUGUUUCAAGAACUUAAGAAAGUCCUGCAUGAAGAGGAGGAAAAGAGAAAAAAGGAGGAACAUUUCCAUCAGCAGCAGCAGCAAAUAAUGUCCUCCUCAGAUUAUAAACAAGUGAAGUCUAGUAUCAGACCAUCUUGGGGUUUAUUGGCUCAUGAGACUCCACCUACUAAUAAAUACGGAGCAAUUGAUCAAUUGAGAUAUCCAACCCAAUUUAAUCAACAGCGUAUUAACCCUCACACCAGUCCAGGAUAUGCUACUGGAUAUCAUGGACCUCCAAUGACCGGAGUUCAUUCGUUUACUAGAGGUAACAUUUCUUCUGAUUUUUAUCACCAUAAGGACUCAUACAGUCAUUAUUAUACUGGUGGUAGUUAUAGGAGUGGUAGCUACCAGUCUGGACCUGGUAUAGGAUCAGGAGGUCAGUAUUUCACUCACUCAGUGGUUCAUGAUAUGCCACAACCUCCAGCAGUUCAUGUGUACUCACAUCAGCAGAUGACAAGUUGCAGAGUAUCUACUCCUAGUGAAUUCAUUUCUUCCGGUCAGUAUCCUUAUGAUCCAAGACAAAUGAGAUACCCUCUCAAUCAACCAUCACUUCACAAGGAGCCCGUUUCUAAAAGUAUUACCAAGUGAUCGUUUAUGUACUCUUUUUUUUGUGCACAGAUACAAUAAUUUUAACAAUAAUUAUAAUUUUUGAUUAAUGAAUCAUUAUUCAUAGUAGUUAGUUAUUAAUAGUUAUUAAUAGUUUGUUUUUAUAACGCUUGCCUGUCAAGUUCUGCAUAGUAGCUGAGCUGUAGUGGAAGCUAGCGCAGAAGAGG